UUUAAGGGAAAGUCAAGUUUCCUGUGUGACAGAUGAGAAAGAAUCAGAUUCAGAGGGUUACACUGAAGAUCCAAUUUGAGUCAUUUUUGGCAGCUCCACUGAGGGUUGAGUCUGAGAUUUUUUUUAAUUAACAAAGAGUCGUUUUUGUUCUCAGUUUAUUUGUUUUCGCCGAAUGUUUUUUUAAAUUUCUCAAAACAUAUUUUCUUUUGCUUUUUACUUUUCCCCCUGUCAUUUCGUUUCUCCACUCAAGCGGAACCUUGCAGUUUCCCUUUUGACACGUCAGCUGAAGCUUCCGGACAUAUUUACGUGCUGCACACAGCACGAUUCCUGACCCUCUUGUGUUGAUGCUCAUCGAUGCCCUAACUUAAAUCUCAACGGUAGUCGAUUUACUGUUUUCCUACAUUUUUUGCAGGUUAUGAACAAGCGAAUCAAUUAGAUCUGAGGUUGAUUUAGUUUGUGAUUCAUUCGUUUCCGUCCCGCUUUUUUGAUUUGGCAUGCCGUCAUCGCCAGAUUUGCUGGGGGCACAGCCGGUUUGAUGCCCACACUCCACCAUGGAGUCCUCGGAUUUAAACAGGCGGAAGAACGGACGGCAGAGGAAGCUGGCAGACGGUCACUCGCCACAAGAAAACAUGACGGACAUGAGAGGAGAGAUGAGCACCUCUGAGCCAGAGGUGGAGGAGGAGGCGGAGGGUCUUAUCAGGGUUGCGGAUUCUGAGGACAGGAGGCGUCACAGGCCCCCAACCGGGAUCCGUGGCGAGCUGGGGAAUGUGCUGCUCCUUCUGUUCCUCUAUGUGCUGCAGGGGAUUCCCCUCGGACUGGCUGGCAGCAUCCCUCUGAUCCUACAGAGUAAAAAUGUCAGCUACAAAGACCAAGCCUUCUUCAGUUUUGUCUUCUGGCCUUUUAGCCUGAAGCUUUUCUGGGCACCGCUUGUGGAUGCUCUGUACUUCAGCAGGUUUGGUAGAAGGAAGUCGUGGCUGGUGCCUACACAGUACCUGCUGGGCUUCUUCAUGCUCUACCUUUCAUUUACGGUCAAUUCUCUGCUCCAGAGUGAGAAAGGACCAAAUGUGGUCGCCCUCACUGCAGUCUUCUUCAUGCUUGCCUUCUUAGCAGCCACACAGGAUAUAGCCGUGGAUGGUUGGGCUCUCACCAUGUUAUCCAGAGAAAACGUGGGGUACGCAUCGACGUGCAACUCCGUCGGCCAAACAGCCGGGUACUUUCUUGGGAAUGUCCUCUUUCUGGCUUUGGAGUCUGCAGACUUUUGCAACAAAUACCUCAGAAUAGAACCCAAAGAGACGGGCAUCGUCACCUUGUCAGAUUUUUUAUUUUUUUGGGGAGUGGUGUUCAUGGUUUCCACCACUUUGGUAGCAAUCUUCAAGAGGGAAAACGGACACGGCAAAGGGAAGAGGAGAGUCCCAGAAGAGACGCAGGGCGUCAUGGAGACGUACAAGUUACUGUUCACUAUUGUGAAGAUGCCCACAGUCUUCACCUUUUGCAUGCUGCUGCUCACAGCUAAGAUGGGGUUCUCUGCAGCCGAUGCAGUCACGGGUCUAAAGCUGGUGGAGGAAGGAGUCCCCAAGGAGCAGCUGGCCCUGUUGGCUGUGCCCAUGGUGCCUUUACAGAUCCUCUUACCCCUGGUCAUCAGCAAAUACACAGCGGGGCCCCGUCCUUUGGACAUUUUCUACAAAGCGUAUCCUUUUAGGUUACUCAUAGGACUGGAGUAUGCUCUGCUGGUGUGGUGGACCCCGAGUGUGAAACAGGACGGAGGAUUCCCGGUUUAUUACUAUGCCGUGGUGCUCCUCAGCUACGCAGUACAUCAGGUGGCGUUAUACAGCAUGUAUGUGGCCUGCAUGGCUUUUCACGCCAAAGUGAGCGACCCCCUCAUAGGCGGGACCUACAUGACUCUUCUGAACACAGUCACCAACCUGGGAGGAAACUGGCCCUCCACCCUGGCGCUGUGGCUGGUGGAUCCGCUGACCUCCAAAGAGUGCCGGGGAGCCGCUGCACAGAGCUGCGGCUCUGCAGCGGAAGCUGAGCUGUGCGUGAAGGAAGGGGGCGCCUGUGUGACGACGCUUGACGGCUACUACGUGGAGUCCCUGGUGUGCGUGGUGAUCGGCCUAGCCUGGUGGCUCUGGUUAGGGAAGAAGAUGAAGCAGCUGCAGGAGCGAAGCCCUGCGGCGUGGAGGUGCCGGGUGAAUCAGUGACCGCACGCCACCGCAUCAUCUGCUCAGAGCGGGCCGACCGCUCGCCCCGCUGAAGCCCCCUCAGCAAGUGUCUGAUGGAGCUCCGCUGGUCCUGCUGCUGCUGCGCUCACCAAAAUUUAGUUCUGAGAUGUUUCACUUGUCUGUGACAAAGUGAGACAUUUCUUAUAAAAAUCACUUUUUUUUUUUUUUUUUGCUUUAGUCUGAAACAGUCCAACCAAAUCACUCAAUUUUAGAAAAAUGUAUUUGCAUUAACAGUAAAAUGAAGCUCCACAGAUGUGAAUUCUCAACAUCUGAUUCUUUCUAAAUGAAAUUCAUAUAAUUAUAUAUGUAUACAUUAUGAAGUUGUUUUAGUAAUCUCAGCACUUGUUUCUGCAUCCUGGCACCACUUAACUCAUAUAAAAGAAGGAUUUCUGCUGUUUUACAGGAUAUCCAACAACUGACUUUUUUCUUUUCAGGUAAUUGUGCCUUUUUCACUUUCAGAGUCACUGAUUGAAAAUAAGGAAAAUGUCAGAGUUCUGUUCAUGAAUUCUUAUUUAAAAUCUUUUAAUGUAC